UUCUUUGUUCUGUAGUGUAAGUCGGUCUCAGCCGAUGUGUAUAAAGUCCCGGUGAUUGCUUCUACUUCUGGGCAGAGCUGCCGGUGACUGAGAGGAUCUGCUGUGUGCCAUGAAAUGUUCUCCAGUCUUCUGUGUCUUUUUCCUGCCGAUAAUCAUCAUUCCCAUCACAUCCUAUGGAGAAGUACUGACCCGGAGAUCAGCGUCUGCUUGUAGACUGGAUAGGACAAAGCCAAAGUUUGAGUAUGAAUAUUACCAGAAGGGAGAUGUCAUGAUUGGAGGAUUAUUCUCUGCUCACUUGCUCAGCGAAUUCCAUCCAAAAGUUAAAGAAGUCAAAAUUGGUUCGGGUGGUUCUAAACACUUUUAUUUGUGUAACGAUAUUGACCUUGAAGAGUACAAAAGCAUCUUGGCGAUGAUCGUAGGUGUCAAUCAGAUUAACCAGUUCCCAGAAUUUCUGCCCAAUAUUACCCUGGGCUAUCAUAUAUUUAAUACAUGUAAUGAUCCAAAGAAAACGUUGGGAUAUGCCGUAAAGAUAUUGUCUGUAGGAAAGGAAGCUCCUAACUAUUACUGUAAAGGACGAGGAGAAGUUGCUGCUUUUAUUGGUGACAGCUCUUUCCAUACAAAUCAGGCGUUGGCCCAGUUACUUAGUCUGCAUCGGUAUACACAGGUCACUUAUCGAGUCGUUGACACUCCCCUGAGUGAUGGAAAAAUGUAUCCAACUUUAUUCCGUAUGACACCAGACGACCGAGUCCGUUAUGCGGCUAUUUUUAAGUUAUUGCAUCAUUUUGGGUGGAAUUACGUUGGAAUAUUGUCAUCAGAUGAUGGCAGCGGUGAUAAGGAGUCCCAAGAACUGAGUAAGCUGAUGAGCCAGCAUGGGAUCUGCACAUCAUAUAUCAUUUCACUCACUAGGAAUAUUGAUCAAUAUAUUGAUAAAAUGAGGACUAUCAUGAAAUCAACAGCAGAAGUUGUCAUAGUGUGUGGGCCUUACACAGAAAAAUUUUUUUGGCUUGGUUAUAAUCUACCCUUUGCUCUAAGAAAAAUCAAACUUAUUUUUCCACCAUCAUGGAGUAAAAUAAUUCAUCUGUAUAAGGACGACGUUUCAGUAAUCAACUGCAGCUUCGUGUUUUCAUGGUCACCAAAAUUCAACCUAGGGAACAAUAUUCAUACUCAUAGCAUGUUUCCUAAACGCAUGUAUGACCCAAUGCUGGAAGACAUUUGGAUUUUCUAUUAUUAUUGCUUUUCCCCAAAUCUACUCAAAAAUGACGUUGUUAAAAAACUCUUUAAGUAUCCUUUAAAACAUUGUCCUAAUUUAACAGAUGUGUCAAACGUAUUGUCUGGUUAUACACCUAUACCUUCCUAUGCAUACAUGGCUGUAUAUAUUCUGGCCAAAGCUCUACAUGACAUGUACAUGAAGAAGAAUAAAUCUGAACAAAAUGGAUUCCAGCACAUACUGCACAAAUACGUGAGAAAUGUUCGUUUCCUGCCCAGAGUCGAGAUCCUCUUUAAUCAGAAGAAAGAAAUUCCAACUGUUCUUAAUUUACAAAGCUGGCUUUUUCUUGACAGUUCACGUUUUUUGUCUACAACCAUUUCCACUCUUCAAGGCCCAGAUUUUGUGCCUAAAUCAUUUCCCAAUAUGAGUGAUCCUCGCUUCUGGAAAACCGGCAAAGUAAGAAAUGACUUGAUGUUUUCUGUUUAUAUUGUUGGCUGA